AGAAAAAGAAAAAUGUUAGAAAAUCCUCUUUACCAUCUCCUUCACCACCCACCCUCUUUCUUCUUCUCCAUAAAGUUCUACCAAAUUUCCAUAAGACACACCUGUGCCAAGUUGAAGUGUUACUUGAUCAUUGAGUAAGUUGGAGUGUGAGAUAGACAUCUGAGGCCACUAAAAGACCUUAUACCAUUAAGAGUAUCCAACUUCUUAUAAGUAGAUCAUUUUUCUUUUUUACUUUUCAUGUGAGAUUUUAUUCACAAUUCCCCCCUUAAACUAAGUUCCACAUAAUCCAUCAUCAUUUAUGGGCGAAUUUGGAGAUAUGCAUUUUUGAAACUACGAGUAAAGGUAGCAAACCGGCUUGUACACGGGCAAAGUCACUAAGCCAGACCCUACGCCAUCAAUCCUCCAUCUCCAUACUCAUCCCACUAAAUCAUUAGUUUUGAUAUCAAUUGUUGGGCUAGAACUGUUCAAUGAUACUCUUAAUACGGUUUGAUAUUGUCAGCUUUGAGCCAAGCCCGCACGGUUUUCCCAAAAAAGGUCUCACGCCAUUAAGAGUAUCCAAUUCAUUAUAAGUAGAUCAUUUUUCUUUUCUACUUUCCAUGUCGGGCUUUGUUGUUACACCUAACACAUGAAAUAUUGUUGUAAUUGCAGUACAAGCAUAAAACUGGUGGAUAAAUUACUUUCUUGUGGACCCUUGAGUUCAUUUUUCAAUGGUGUUAUGUUGCAAACUUUUGACUAACAUUCUGAGUCCUGUCCCCUCUGGUAGACUUCUGAGUCACAAUACGGGGAAAAGCUACCUACAUUACUCUCAACAGAACUCAAAAUAAUGUAAAGUAAUUUCUUAGCAUAAAGUAAGGUAGCCUUAUUAUGAUGCAAAACAGUACACCUUUUUUUUUUUUAAUCAAGAAAAGAACCUUUGAGGAGCACAUAUUCUGUCACCAUUUGUAUCAAUCAAGCAAAAAGCUUUACCUGAAAUGGGGAAAAUAUGGAUUGAAGUCUGCCUGAUUUCCGCCAGGGGGCUACGACGAACAUCAUCUUUGUGGAAGCUGCAAUGGUAUGCUGUUGGAUGGAUUGAUCCAAACAAUAAGUACUGUUCCAAGAUUGAUUCUUCAGGCAAUGCAAAUCCUGUUUGGAAAACCAAAUUCUCAAUGUUUGUUGACACUUCUGAAUUAGAUACCCUCCAUGUUGAAGUUUACAGUAGAGAGCCCAUUUUUCUUAGAGAAAAGCUCCUGGGAACAGCUACUGUAAUUUUGAAGGAAUUUCUGGACAAGUACAAUAACAACACUGAGGUUUCAAAGCCUAUUGAAGAGGUGGGGAGCUUUCAAUUGCGGAGAAAAAACUCGAAUAAACCUCAGGGAUUUGUUGAUGUAUCGAUACGAAUUUCAGAGGAAAGGGAAGAGCCAAGUUCACUCCCAGGUGACAAUGAGGGAUUUAAGCUUGCAGAUAACAGCAGUGGCUUCAACUUGGCUAAUGGAUAUAAACCUGCCACAGCAUACCCACAACCACAAUCCUUGACCCCGUCUCAACUGCAGAGAAACCAACCACAGCUAAAUCACCAAUAUGCGCGUCAAGUACCAUAUGCUACAAAUUAUUCCCACCCAUUGGUGGGGGGAAUGAGCUACACGCCAGCAGCAGGAUCGAGCUAUCAGCCACCGCGUGCUCCACCACCACCUCCACCUGCUAAUGUUGGUUACAUUCCAACUUUCCUCCCAAGAACAGACAACGCGUCGUCUAGUUAUUUAAGCAUGCCACAAAGUGGAGCAGCAGCAACACGAAAUGCAAGACCUGGUUUUGGAAUGGGAGUAGGUGCUGGGGCAUUAGCAGCUGGUGCUGUGAUAUUUGGAGAGGAUUUCAUGUCUGGUUUUGAUAUUCCUCGUGGUUUACCGGAUCCCUCUCUCACCAUAUCUCUUGAUCCCCCUUUCUGAAGAUGGAAUACCAUCUAUUGUAUUAUGAUGCAUACAAUGAGAUAUUGUAAAAUAUAUGCUUUCCGUACUGCAACUAUCACAAAAAUCUGCAAAGAAGUUUCAGUUUGUAGCAGCAAAUCACGGGCUUCUUGUAAAACUGCAGAGGUUUCAGCUACUAUGGAAUAAACUGAAGUACAAUUUUACAAGUCUCAAUAUACAUGUAUUGUAUUACAUCAUAGAACUUUGUCAUAGUCUCAAGGGUGAUCAAAGAAAUAGAUGUUUACUUGCACAAACUAGCAGCUACCUACCUUUCAUAUAGGAUGAAAUGAUAGGUAUUUAUAAGAUUGAUAACAUUGACAAAGAGCUAUAACGUUUUCCUAUAAAUCCUAUAUAUGAACUUGAGUAGGUAACUCUUCUCUCAAACUUAAUGUUCACCAGUCACCAAUAGGUGUCAAUCCUGGCCAAGUUGAA